AUGUCUCUUCCAAAGCGGGAGGUGGAGGAGUUGAGGCCAUGGGUGGAGCGCACUGUGAAGAAGGUGCUGGGUUUCUCGGAGCCCACUGUGGUGACUGCAGCCUUGCACUGUGUGGGAAAGGGACUGGACAAAAGGAAGACCAUAGACCAGCUGCGUCCUUUCCUCGAUGACUCUGCUGGAGGCUUUGUAGAGCGUCUUUUUGAAGCCCUUGAGGAGAGCCGCAGCGCCCGUGGAAACAAAGGAGCAGGAGAAAAAAACCGGAAGAGAGAACUUAAGGAGGUGUUUGGUGAUGAGGCUGACACGGGUGCAGUACGAGAACCUCCGGAGACAGGAGAUGGAACAACGGCAAAACGGAAACGAGUCCACCGUUUUGAGGAGGUAGAGCAACCUGAGGUGAUACCUGGACCUCCAUCAGAGAGUCCCGGCAUGCUCACCAAAAUGCAGAUAAAACAGAUGAUGGAAGCAGCCACAAGACAGAUCGAAGAGAGGAAGAAACAACUAAGCUUUACUGCUCCAGUCGCUGCUACAACACGGUUGCCUGUUCCCACCCCACAGUCACAGCUGGACUCUCCUCCACUCUCUCGACUUCUUGGCUCUUCUGGUGCUGCAGCAGCUGGUGGCGGGUCAUCCAUCGCCCCCUCCCAGGCUGCCAGCUUCAUGAAUGAUGCAAUUGAGAAGGCCCGCAAGGCUGCUGAGCUACAGGCUCGCAUCCAGUCCCAGUUAGCCAUGAAACCUGGCAUCCUCGGAGCCUUGGGGAACACUGGGCCUCAAAACUUAGUGGCACUAGCUAAUCUACAUGCCAUGGGGAUUGCACCACCCAAAGUAGAACCCAAAGAGGUGAACAAGCCAACACCCCUUAUCUUGGAUGACAAGGGAAGAACUGUAGAUGCCACUGGCAAAGAGGUUGAACUCACACACCGUAUGCCCACACUCAAAGCUAACAUUCGAGCAGUAAAGAGAGAGCAGUUCCGCCAGCAGCUGAAGGAGAAACCUGGAGAUGACUUAGAGGCCACAUCCUACUUUGAUCAACGUGUGCCUGUUCCUCCAUCCCAGCGCCCACGCAGGAGCUUCAAAUUCCACGAACAGGGACGCUUUGAGAAGAUUGCUCAGAGAAUUAGAACUAAGGCCCAGUUGGAACGGUUGCAGAAUGAGAUUGCCCAGGCAGCAAAGAAGACAGGAAUCCAAGCUUCAACCAAGCUAGCACUGAUUGCUCCUAAAAAGGAGAUUGGAGAGGGAGAGGUUCCCAGUAUUGAGUGGUGGGACUGUUACAUCUUGCCCUCCAACAUAGAAAUAAAUUCAGACACAAAAUUUGGAGAAUUAGAGCUGUUUGGUGUGACCAACCUAGUAGAACAUCCUGCCCAAAUGAGCCCACCAGUUGACACAGAUAAGCCAGUAACUCUAGGUGUAUACUUGACAAAGAAAGAACAGAAGAAACUUAGACGGCAGACACGGAGGGAAGCACAGAAAGAAGUGCAAGAGAAGGUCCGUCUGGGACUGAUGCCUCCACCAGAGCCCAAAGUACGGAUCUCCAACCUAAUGAGAGUCUUGGGAACGGAGGCAGUUCAGGACCCCACAAAAGUAGAAGCGCAUGUUAGAGCACAGAUGGCCAAGAGACAAAAGGCUCAUGAGGAGGCAAAUGCAGCUCGCAAGCUCACAGCAGAGCAAAGAAAAGAGAAGAAGGUCAAGAAGUUAAAAGAAGAUCUCACUAAUGGUGUUCACAUUGCAGUGUACAGGAUCCGAAACCUGCAAAAUCCUGCCAAGAAGUUUAAAGUGGAGGCCAAUGCCAACCAGCUGUACCUGACAGGCACUGUAGUUCUGCACAAAGAUGUCAACAUUGUUGUGGUGGAAGGAGGGCCUAAAUCGCAGAAAAAGUUCAAGAAGCUAAUGAUGCACAGAAUCAAAUGGGAGGAACACAACAGUAAGAGAGAUGAUCCAGAUGGUGAUGAUGAUACAAAGAGGAACAACAAGUGCUGGUUGAUUUGGGAGGGAACAGCUAAAGAGCGUAGCUUUGGGGAUAUGAAGUUCAAGCAGUGCCCCACAGAGAGCAUGGCCAGAGAACACUUCAAGAAGCACGGCACAGAACACUACUGGGACCUAGCACUCAGCCAGAGUGUGUUGGAGACCACAGAUGACUGAAACCUGUCAGCGGAGCAUCUAGUUUCAGUCGGGGUCCCCUUCCUACAAACCUCCAGAUCAACAGCCUCACAGCUGGCCAUCAUUCUUGACUGGCUGCUUUAGAGGACAGAGGCUUUAUCGAGAGACUUGAACAGUGAAUCUGUGUGGAUAUUUUUGUGAGACUGUGUGACAGGUCAGGAUGUGUGUAGGAACAGUAUGUGUGUAGGUCUCAAUCAGUGUUCAUCUUUUUGGUUAGUAGACUAUUUUGUUAGAUAUUUCCUGUAUUAUUCAAUACAGUCUGACAGAUUGCAUUAUGUUAUGGUAAUUAUUACCCAUGGCUUUUGUGUGAUGACAAGAAACUGUCAGAUUAUAUCAAGACUGGAGUUUGGUGAAAAUAAUCCAGCUUUGCCUCAAACACUUUAAUAAACGCCCCACACAUUUAGAGAAAACCUGAAAGGAUAACCUGGGUACAUUUCAGUUUAAAAUGGCUACAUUGGUUUUUAGUUGUGGCAAAAGGAGGAAUUUUUGAUUCAGCUGUAGCUAUAUUUCUAUGUACAGUUACCAUCUGAAAUAAACCAACUUUAACCGA